AUGUCAGCAGGCUCAGAGUAUCGAAGUGUGACCUCGCGAUGUCAUGACAACAAAUCGGCUGGUUCUAAACAGUACCAGAGGAAAUUAGUCUAUCAAACAAUCAAAUCAAGGCAUCCAUCUGGUCUUCACUUAGAUACACACACAACAGAAGACAAGAAAGAGAGAUUCAUAGUAGUGAGGAGAGUGACAGAGGAAGAGAAAAAGAAAUUAGCACAAGAUAAACUACAGGCUGAAUUGGAUGAAGUAGAUGAGGCUUCGGGGAUCUGUAGGGUAAUGAAGAUGAUUGCAGAGUCAGGCAAGGUCGUCGUAGGUCAUAACAUGAUGCUAGAUGUUAUUCAUAUGAUGCAUCAAUUCACUGGCCCUCUUCCCGAUACCCUUGUUGAAUUCAAAUCAAUGGUUGGUUGUGUCUUCUCAAGGUUACUUGACACCAAGGUCAUGGCUAACACCCAACCUUUCAAGGAACUCUUUCCAAUCACAGGUCUGACUGAUCUGAUGUGCAAGUGUGAUGAGGAGCCUUUCAGAAGACCACACAUAGUGAUUCCACCCACAAAUUUCACUGACUACACGGUGAAUCAGAAGUUCCAUGAAGCUGCGUACGAUGCUUAUAUUACUGGUGUGUGCUUCGCGACCAUGGCAAACUACCUGGGAUCCUUCCUGACCCCACCCAAGCCAAGAGUAUCGCCGACGUCAAACCUCAUUGAACCAUUCCUAAACAAGUUAUUUCUACAUAGAAUUGCAGACAUCCCGUAUUUGAAUUUAGAUGGACCUGAUUUGCAACCUUCCCGGGAUCACAUCUUCCACGUGCGCUUCCCUUCGGAAUGGAAAUCUAUUGACCUCUAUGAUCUCUUCACUCCGUUUGGUAACAUCAUGAUUAGUUGGAUUGAUGAUACAUCAGCUAUGGUUGGCUUGAUGAAGAAAGACAGAGCAUCACAAGUUAUGAGUUCCAUCGAGAAGAGCUCCCUCUACCAAGUAACACCGUAUUCAGACUACAAGAAAUCACAGUAUAUGGCCGGAGAUUUCAUUCCAUUUCCUGCGCUCCAGGAAACACCCUCCGCCGAGGCGAAGACACCAGAAAGCCCUCGCGGAAAGAAACGUGUUCUGGAUGAAUCUCCGGACCAAUCGGGCGAUUUUGACCCAGAGGUUGCCAGUUUCAUGUCAAGCACAGCCAAGAAGCAUAAACAGAUGGAUCCAAAUGCUGCCCCCUUUGUGUCAAGGAGGAGUGUGACUCCACCUACCUCAUCUUCAGGAGGCCUAAAGCUAGACAGAGCAAACAGUGAGGAUAAUGAAGCUGCAGCUAAGGAACCAGCCAAGCUCUUUGAAGAAUCGGCCAGUUGGUGAGGAGAUCCUUCACACGAGACGGAAUUGCAAGAAAAUGCAUUUCACUGAACAACUUGAUCCCAUUGUGCCUGAGACUUCAGAGAUGUUCACAUGACAGUCAUCAUUGAUGGGUAGAUGUCGAUCAAGCCAAGAGAUGUUUACCCAUCAAACAUCCAUGGUGUGUACAUGUAUAUGUGUAUCAAACUAAGAAAUGUUCACACGACAAUCGUCCAUGAUGGGAAGAUAUGUACAAGUAUGAAGCCAAGAGAUGUUCACAUGACAGUCAUCAAUGAUAGGAAGAUUUGUAUGAAGCUGAGAGAUGUUCACACAACAAUCACCCAUGGUGGGAAGGUGUGUAUCAAGCUAAGAAAUGUUCACACAACAAUCAACCUUGAUGGGACGAUGUUUAUUAAGCCAAGAGAUGUUCACACAACAAUCACCCAUGGUGAGAAGGUGUGUAUCAAGCUAAGAAAUGUUCACACAACAAUCAUCCAUACUUUGCAAAGUGUCCCAUCUGUGUGAGACAGAUAGAUAGGAAGAUGACUGAAGUGUAGACCUGUUCACACAAUAUUUAUCAACAUUUCACCGAGCUUGUUUUGCCUUUUCUUGUAUAGGAGCUAUUACUUCCAAUGUGUGUUUCCCUACAGCAAGCAAAUCUCACCAAACACAUACAUUCUAUGUGGCAUUUGACUGUUCUUUGAUAAAGGGAGGAAUAGAAAGAAAUGUGUUCAGCCUACUACCAUUUAUGUUUAAUGUUACAUUUGUUUAGCAACUCAGGGCCCCGUCUUAAAAAUAGUUACAAUUGAUCCAAUCAAUUGCAACUAGUGACAGCUAGCAACGUCAACAUGCAUUAUUCAUGGUUGUUCAAAAUAUUUUCCACCUAUGAUGUAUAUUCAUGCAUUCAUUGUUUUAGAAAAAAAACCACUGUGCUUCCUUUGUUCACAAAGAACAUUGUGCAAAUUUCUUGUAGAAAAAUUAUGACACUGAUGGAUUUCCAUAGAGUUACGAUUGAUGGAGUCAAUCAUAACUAUUUGUAAGACAGGGCCUUAAUCAGCACCAGUCCAUCAUUGAGACUAGGUGAAUGUCUAGCUCAAUGAAACCUUUUUGACCUAUUGAACAUGAUAUUUCACUCCAGGAAAUUGAAUGUAUCAUAUCACAGGAAAGUACCUUCUCUCUUUCAGAAACCAACAGUUAUUCUCAUAUCAAUGCCAACAGGUCUUCUUCAGUGGCUGAUAUGAUAAUACAUACAGGGGAAGAGGCAACCAUAGGGUGUAUUUACAUCUCCCUUAUCUGGAAAAUAACUGGGCAACUAUAAGAUCAUUUUAUGCCUCAAAAUAUCCUGAUUUAUUUUGCCUUGCUUAACCAGAUAUUCUUGGAUUAUUGAGCCUGUAACAGGAAUGCACACUGUUUUUGCCUUGCAUUAGCAUUGUCGUAGAACACCUUCAGCCCUGUGAUCUUGGAUGAAUUCCUGCAAAAGUUUUCAUAAUUUGACCAGUACCUCCUAAUUUCCUGGUAUUGUUUUUUUUUCCUGGGAUAAAACCUGCUUUGAUAUCCUUUCACAUUGGUAAAAUAAAUGGAAAUUGCUGUAUGCAGAGGUGUGAAAGGACCAUAUAUGGUGUUUCUAAAGAUAGUAUGUAUUACAAAGUGAAACAUAAAUAGCCCUGGCUGUAAUGUAAUAUUCCUCCAAGAGUUUGGAGUAGACAUGUAUUCCUGAUAGAUAGGAUCCAUGUAGCGGUGUACACAAGACAGGAAAGAGUAAAUACUGGUAGCAAGUUCUUGUGAUAAGAAUCAUUGUGUGCAAUGCAAUCUUAGUAAAAAGUCACUUGAAGAUUCCUUGAUUUAUAGAUAUUGAUCAUAUCAGCAGGUGGGUGUUUUAUAAAGCUGUUUGUAAGAUACGAAUGACUUUACGCACGACUGGUGAUCCUUUCUUGUGCUGUGCGAUAUCCCGAUGUAAUUGAGUUAUGACCUAAGAACAUGUUCCAGUCAUGCGUAAAGUCGAACUUUACGAACAGCUUUAUGAAACACCCACCAGCACUGCAAGCAACUUGUGCUUAAUUGCGUGUCAAGUUUUGAUUCCAAAGUCGAUCAUACACCCUGCAAUCAAUUGCACAAAUUGGUUUGCUAUGGGUGCACUCAAUAUAUCAAUUGUAAAUUUUGCUUGCAAAAUCUGCAAUCAAUUGUUGAGAAGUUUCUUGCAACAUCCAUCCAUUAUGAAUCAAGUAAAUGGUGUUUUGAUGAAAAUGGGCACACAUUUCCUCCCAGUCAUAUUUUUCUAUUUAUUUGACCUACAACCUAUUUUAACAUCCAAGGGUACAACACACUUCACCUUCUCUAGGCCUCAAGCAUUGUGUUCCUUUCUUACAAUGCUGAUAACAUUUCAAUGAUUUCGUCUGGCAUGUUAUGCAAAUAAUACACACAAUGAGGGUUUUUUGAGGAACGGCUGACAUUGAGGUAUGUUUAUAACAGGACUAAUGCCUAGGGCCAUUGCCAAAAGCUUUUUUUUUAGCUUCUUAGUAUGGGGACAUUGUAUUAGAUACCGAAACCAUGUUACGUUUAUUUCUUAUUUCAUGAAAUUAUCAUGAUCUACUUUAUCUCAGAAUCAUGACCAGUGUCAGUAAAUCAUCUGGGACUGUGUCACUGCUCGUACAUGUAAGGGAAAUUAUGCAUUUUUAGGAACAAAUAAAUUUCCUGUAUUGUAAAGCAUCGUGCCAUUUUAGCACUCAACUAACCUCUAUUCUGAAUUGAGGUGGUGAAAAUCAAACCUCAAGUUAUUUUCUGCUCCUUUUUAUUUCUUAAAAUGUUCAGUUUACUCAUGGAAUUCAACUCGGUAUUGCCUUUAAUCAUCGUUCUCUGCAACCAUUCUUUAAUCUUUAGAAUAUUUAGGUUAAAUUCAUGAAAACAUCAGGUAUGAAUUAAUAAGAAAAGAAUACAGAUUGUUCUUGCUAAUGUGAAUAUCAAGUACACACAGAAAUCACUUGGUAUGUUGUGCACUGAAACCUCGUGUUAACAAUACCUCAACCUUCAAAUGGAAACCCAAAUGGCGGAAGUAAGCCAACCGAGGAACCAUUUCCAUGCAAUGAACCUCUAUGCCUGUGCAUCAUCAAACUUUAUUUCAGCUAAUAAUCUUUUAUAGAACCUCAUUUUGUCUCAUUGACUGUCUCAAAUUACUACCUUCACCUCACUCUGUGCUUUCCCUGUGACGCCAGCUCGAUGCAUAUCAGUCAACUCUGAAAAAAAAUUGAAACCCAGAAGGCGGAAGUGGUUUG